AUGCACUGGCCGCGAAUCCAGCACCUCCUCGCCGAGCUGCUGGACAUCACGCCGCCGCCCCGCGACGCACCCAUCACCCAACACACCAGCGCACAGGACCUCACGCAGAUCCGCGGAUGGGCGCGGCCGGGCCCUCCACAGCCGCUGGAGACGGUCAUCGCGGAGGCGCAGACCAUCUUCGACCACCGACUGCGCGUCAACCACCCGCUGUUCUUCGGGUUCAUCCCGUCCGGCACGAUCCAGCUGAGCUGGGUGGGCGACGUGCUGGUGGCGGCGUUCAACGCGCACGGCGGCGGCCGGAAGGUCGGGCGGGGCCCGUGCGUGGUCGAGGAGGAGCUGCUGCGGUGGCUGGCGGCGCGGCUGGGCCUGCCGGCCCGCACGGCGGGCGGGGUGUUCGUGUCCGGCGGGUCGGUCGCGAACCUGAUGAGCAUUGCCGUCGCGCGCGACCAGAGACUCGACGGCGCCGCGCGCGGGGUCAUCUACCUCAGCGAGCAAGCCCACUACGCCGUCGCCAAGAUGGCGCGCGUGCUCGGGUUCGCCGACCGCCAGGUCCAUCGCGUCCGCUGCAGUGAGGUCUUUGAGCUCGACGUCGGCGAUCUGCAAGCGCAGGUGGUCGCCGAUCGGCGGCAGGGGCUGCUCCCGUUCAUGAUCGUCGCGACCUGCGGAUAUACCGAGACCGGGACGGUGGAUCCCCUUGCCGAGCUGGCGGACAUCGCGCGGAGAGAGUCGCUCUGGCUGCAUGUCGACGGGGCGUACGGCGCCUCGGUGGCGCUGUCGCAUGCCCAUGCGCAUCUCGUGGCCGGGCUCGGCGCCGCGGACAGCGUCGCCUGGGAUGCGCACAAGUGGAUCUUUUCCUCCUUUGGCUGCGGGAUGCUCCUGGUCCGCGACCGGGGCCAUUUGUGCUCGACCUUCGGGGUGCAGUCCGAACUGAUGGAUCAGCAGGCUGGCGGCUUGAGCGAGCAGCUUGAGCCGUGGGAUCUCAGCGUGGAGCUGACCAGACCCGCUCGAGCCAUGAGUCUGUGGUUCAUGUUGAGAGUCUUGGGUGAGGGGCGGAUUGGCAGAAUGAUCGAUUAUGGCAUCGACAUGGCGGCCUCAGUGCAAGCUCGCUUACAGGCUCGAGAGGGGUGGGAGAUCCUCACGAAUGCGAAGCUGGGUAUCGUAACCUUCCGGUAUAAUCCCGGAACGUGCUCGGGGGAUGGUCUAGAUAGAAUCAACACUACGAUCUCGGACAGACUGGUCGAAGACAACCUGGCAGGCAUUUUCUCUAUUCGCGUGUCAGGAGUCGUGGGCCUCAGGAUGUGUUGCAUCACUACGCGACUGAGCGAGGAAGAUAUCGAUCAAUUUAUUCAGCAAGUAGACAAGACUGCGAAACAGGUGGGUAAGGAUUUCUAG